UAUUGCUAGUUUAAGAUAAAUACGCCUUACGGGCGGUGAGGGCGGACUCGCCGUUUAUCGUGAAGAUAACGACUUGACCCAACCCGGCUCGACACCGAGAAAGCGUUUGGAUCAAAGCGAGGAUCAUGGAUCAGAAUGAUAAAAAGACCCUCACGAGCAAGUGGAAUCAGUUGUGAUCUACAGGACAACUCAAUUUCUAUGAUAAGAAGACAUUUGGCAGUAAAGCUCUCUUUUACCGCAAUGAGAUAAUAGUGUGGCUUACACAAAAACAACCUUGACACUUAUCCCACCAUAUUCCAGUUCAUCAUCAAAAUAUGACCACGCCGGCUCUAUUGCCACUCUCGGGACGUAGGAUACCUACCCUCUCGCCAGGUGCCUCCUCAUUCCCCCAUCACAGAGCCACCUUACGGCUCUCCGAGAAGUUCAUCCUCCUCCUCAUCCUCAGUGCCUUCAUCACCUUGUGCUUCGGAGCGUUUUUCUUCCUUCCGGACAAUUCCAAACACAAGCGCUUUGACUUUGGCUUGGAGGACGUGUUGAUACCGCACAUCGAGUCAGAGAAGGAGGCGAGGCACAGCAGCAGACAGGUCAUACAUGGCGUGGGAGCUCACGACGAGCAUCGGCACAGGGAGGAAGAGGAGAGUCUUCGUGACAAGAUCCGGGCAGAUCAUGAGCGGGCACUGCAGGAAGCCAAGGAAAAGCUCCGCAAAUCCAAAGAGGAGCUGAAGGCUGAGAUCCAAACAGAGAAGACCAAGGUAGCUGAGGACUUGAAAAAGAAAGACGGUCCCAAACCACUGCCUCCAGUACCCAUGCCCAAACUGGUAGGGGUCAACGAUGGUGACCCAGGGGAUCCUGACACUAAGGAAAAGAGGGACAAAAUCAGAGAGAUGAUGAAACAUGCGUGGGACAGCUACAGGCAAUAUGGCUGGGGCCACAACGAGCUCAAACCCCUCGCCAAGAAAGGACAUUCCACCAAUAUCUUCGGUAAUUCCCAGAUGGGAGCCACUAUAGUAGACGCCCUGGAUACCCUUUACAUAAUGGGCCUCCACAACGAGUUUAAGGACGGCCAGGAGUGGAUCGAGCAAAACCUGGAUUUCAGUGUGAAUGCAGAAGUCUCUGUCUUUGAGGUCAACAUCCGCUUCAUUGGAGGGCUUCUGGCUGCAUACUACCUCUCCGGACAGGAGGUUUUUAAGGUGAAAGCUGUCCAGCUGGCAGAAAAGCUGCUUCCUGCCUUCAACACCCCAACAGGCAUCCCCUGGGCCAUGGUCAAUUUGAAGAGUGGAGUGGGUCGUAACUGGGGCUGGGCGUCAGCUGGAAGCAGUAUUCUAGCAGAGUUCGGGACGCUGCACAUGGAGUUUGUGCAUCUGACAUAUCUGACAAGAAACCCUGCUUACUAUCAGAAGGUGAUGCACAUACGGAAGCUGCUGGCUAAGAUGGACAGACCCAAUGGGCUUUACCCCAACUACCUGAAUCCUCGCACAGGACGCUGGGGCCAGCAUCACACGUCUGUAGGUGGAUUGGGUGAUAGUUUCUAUGAAUACCUGUUGAAGGCCUGGCUAAUGUCUGACAAAACCGACACAGAGGCACGCAAGACCUACGACGAUGCCAUCGAGGCUAUCGAGCGCCACCUCAUCCGCAAGUCCAACGGCGGUCUUACUUUCAUCGGGGAGUGGAAAAAUGGCCACUUGGAGCGUAAGAUGGGUCACCUGACUUGCUUUGCUGGGGGCAUGUUUGCCCUGGGGGCUGAUGGGUCGCCGGAUGAUAAAGCUGGGCACUAUCUGCAGCUCGGAGCAGAGAUUGCUCACACCUGCCACGAAAGCUACGAUCGCACUGUACUGAAGCUCGGUCCAGAGGCCUUUAAGUUCGACAGCGGGCUGGAGGCCGUGGCUGUGAGACAGAACGAGAAGUACUACAUCCUGAGGCCUGAGGUCAUCGAGACGUACUGGUACAUGUGGAGAUUUACCCACGACCCCAAAUACAGGCAGUGGGGCUGGGAAGCAGCGCAGGCUAUAGAUAAAUACUGUCGAGUCAGCGGAGGUUUCUCUGGUGUUAAAGACGUCUACUCCUCCAACCCCACCUACGAUGACGUCCAGCAAAGCUUCUUCCUGGCUGAAACUCUCAAGUAUCUAUAUCUGCUUUUCUCCGGCGAUGAGCUGCUGCCUCUUGAGAACUGGGUGUUCAACACGGAGGCCCACCCUCUGCCCGUCCUGCACCUGGGCAACAUCACCCUGCCUGGCAGCGAGACCCAGCGGUAGAGCGGACGCACCAGGGGGGCGCUCUCCCCCUCACUCGCCCCUUUUCUAUACGCCUCCCUCCUUGUGAAAGACAGCAGCUGCUAGUGCAAAGGAGAGGAGAGAACUGUACCCACCAACCACUGUCUCCUCCUGGACUGUGAAUCAUGGGACUUCAGUGAACGGAGGAGACCGAACUCUCUUUAUCUCUGUCUCUCAUAUAUUCUCUGAAGGACAGACUGCCGGAUUGAUCAUGUUCGUCUCUCUCUUGUGGCCGCUGGUCUGACACACACUGUACACACAUUUGCGGACAUAAAGACCUUCUGAAAUGGAUGUGCAUUUCUCACCAAGGAAGGAUUUUAACGAGUUUGUUCGUUCUUUCUUUUUUUUUUUCUCUCCAAUUUGGCGGCGUUUCAUGUCAUCAGCUCAGCACUAAAUCACUUCAAAAUGGUGGAUAAAUUGUUCCCAGACCGGAGCCUUUCACUUUCUGAGCUGGGCUCCCGGAGACAGCAGAUGUCGGAUUUGACCACCUGUGAAAUCUUUCUCCAGCUGAGGUUGAAUUUAGGCCACAGGCACCCAGGGAUGUUCUUUUCUCCAGGAUUUCUCUUCAAACAGUCUCUCCGAUGUCUCUGUUAAGGUUAGCGGGUAAAAACAGACACGUGCUGCUGCCUGUGAGACAGUCACCACCGUCAUUCCAGAAACCUGCGCUUUUCCGUGUGUCUCCAUUCCUCUCUUUCUUUUCAUCCUUUCUGAAUGCUCAAUUUCAUUCAUACUGCUUUCUGAAACAUGGAUGGGUUUUUGCCAUACAUUGAAUCAUCAGUAACACUUGAAGCAGCAGCAGCAGCUGUAACUUGUGGAGAGGAGUCACAGUGCUUUAGAUGCUUAUUCUCACGGCCAUCACCAUUUGUUUUCAAUUGUGGAUGGUGUCGCUCUGUUAGACCAGACCAGGUUUUUUCAACAGCAGAGUUUUACCACUAAUCGUAGCCAACGAGAUAGAGAUUUAUAUAUAUAUAUAAAUAUGGGGUUUAGAGUUCAGAAAAUACACUGUGUGUGCCCUGUACAAGAAACCCAGAGUAAAUGAAACCCAAAAA